AUGGCGCCGUCAAAUCCAUUAGCAAAUUGGGAGAGGCUAGGCGAUAGCUUCUACCGCAAGGUGUCCAUCUACGACGCCGUCUUCGACCAGGAUGUCGAGUUAGAGAACUACAUCGUGGCGGGUGCUCCGUAUGGCGGCGCUCUUGCUUUGCAUCGGGAUGAAAGCAAGCCGUACCGGUUUCGGGACGCGCAGACCGCUCGAUCGAGCAUUGAUAUCUACUCCUGUUCAGGCAAACAUAUCAACCGGAUUCAAUGCGAACAUGGGGCGAUUCGUGGCCUUGGCUGGUCCGACAAGGAGGAGCUCCUGUUGAUCACGGAAGACGGAACCGUCAGACGCUACUUUGGCCUGCACGGCGACUUCACCUCCUUCUCACUGGGAAAUGGAGCCGAGGAAUACGGUGUCAGAGCCUGUCGAUUCUGGAAUGCGGGCUUUGUUGCCCUUCUCUCCAACAACCAGCUAAUCGCAGUGUCUAACUACGAUGAGCCACGCCCGAAACUUCUGGCCCCUUGUCCAGAAGGCGAAGUCUCAUCCUGGUCACUCAUCCCUCCGGCUUACACGCUAUCUCGCUCGGUUGAGGUUCUCCUCGCUGUUGACCAGACCAUAUAUCUGAUUGACCCGACGGAAGCCGAAGACAAAGUCCUGCAGAAUGGCCCCUUCAAGCAUGCGAGUGUGUCUCCCACCGGAAGAUUUGUAGCCCUCAUCACUGCAGAGGGAAAGGUAUGGGUAGUCAGCAGCGACUUCCAGAGCAAGUACAGCGAAUACGACCCUGAGUCCCGGGUCACUCCCCGAUCGGUUGAGUGGUGCGGAGACGACGCCGUGGUUAUUGCUUGGGAAGAUGAGGUCCAUCUCAUUGGUCCUAACGGUGUUGCUGCAAGGUACUAUUAUGACGGCGCAGUGCAUGUGAUACCCGAGUUUGAUGGCGUACGGCUGCUCACGAAUGAUACCUGCGAGUUUCUGCACAAAGUGACAGAUUCAAUCGACCUGUUGGAGAAGAAAUCACCAAAAGCGGAUGAAAAUAUCCAGCGCAUUCGAUCAAGCUUACCCGAGGCUGUGGACAUGUGUGUCAAAGCAGCAGGCCAUGAAUUCGACCCCUACUGGCAAAAGCGACUGUUGAAAGCAGCAUCUUUCGGAAAGUCGGUUUUGGAAUUGUAUAACAGCGACGAUUUCGUGGAAAUGACCGAAAAACUCCGGGUAUUGAAGGCCGUGAGGGACUAUCAAAUCGGGCUCCCGAUAUCCUACGAACAGUACAUGCGACUAACACCCGAGAAACUGAUCGAACGUCUGGUGAACAGACAUGAGUAUUUGCUGGCCAUCAGGAUCUCGGAAUACCUCCAAAUUCCCGCCGAUAGGAUCUACGUGCACUGGGCGAGCCAGAAGGUCAAAGUUUCCACGGUCGACGAUGAAGCUGUUUGCAAGUUGAUUGUUCAGCGGUUAGAAGGGAAACCGGGCAUAUCGUUUGAGUUGAUAGCUCAGGCUGCAUACGACGAGGGCCGCUCUCACCUAGCCACUCAACUGCUGAAUCACGAACCAAGAGCAGGAAAACAAGUGCCUUUACUUCUGAACAUGGAAGAGGACGAGAUCGCCCUGGAUAAAGCCAUCGAAAGCGGUGACAAUGACCUAGUCAACUACGUUCUUCUACAUCUGAAGAGCAAGGUGCCUCUUGCCAGCUUCUUCCGGAUGAUCAAUACCCGCCCUAUGGCGUCUGCCCUGGUGGAAACGACUGCCCGAGGAGAGGAUACUGAGUUGCUUAAAGAUCUAUACUAUCAGGAUGAUCGCCCGAUUGAUGGAUCGAAUGUACUUGUGGCGGAGGCUCUCAACGAAACUGAUAUAUCCCGCAAAAUCGAGAAGCUUCAUUUGGCAUCUCGCCUGCUAGCCGACUCUAAAGAUCCUACGGUCGUCUUACAACAAAAACUACUCUCCGAGUCGUCUCAGCUGCUGAAGGUUCAAGAAGGCUUGGACAAGGAUCUUUCUGAUCGAACUGAAUUCCUCGGGUUAAGCCUGAAUGAGACCGUCUACAGGCUUAUCAGAGCCGGCUACGGAAAAAGAGCACAGAAGAUCCAGAGCGAGUUCAAGAUGCCCGAGAAGACAUAUUGGUGGCUUAGACUAAGAGCCUUGGUCGCUAAGCGUGACUGGGGCGAACUGGAGGAAAUCGGGAGAAACAAGAAAUCGCCCAUCGGAUGGGAACCUUUCUAUAAUGAGAUAUUGGGCGCCGGAAACACAAAGCUCGCAUCGGUCUUCGUUCCGAAAUGCACCAGCCUGCCAGUUGAGGAGAAGGUCGAGAUGUGGGUGAAAUGCGGAAUGAUCGCAAAAGCUGGAGAAGAAGCCUUCCGGGCAAAGGAUGUGAAUACCCUCGAGCUCCUCCGCACAAGAGCCUCGGGUCUAGCCGCUACUGAGAUCGAACGAAUGAUCAACCAGCUCAGGCCAAGGAAAUAG